AUGGUCAGAGAACCAAAAGAAAUUGAGGUUGGGCGCGAACAUCAGCAGGAACUCGAGCCAGAGGAGCGCGGACGGCUGCUGAGGGCGGGGCCGCACUUGUUGAACGCCAGGCGGGCGCUCGCGCUGUCCGAUCUGUACCGGCGCCAGCUGCUGUGCGACGCCGUCGUCCGACUCGCUGACGGCGGAUUCUUCUUGGUGCACCGCGUCGUCCUCUCUACCUGCAGCAUGUACUUCAGGACACUGUUCACCACAAAGCUACACACGGUCUGCAAGACGGACGUCCUGAUCCCCGGUGUGACGACGGAGGAGAUGAGGCUCAUCUUGGACUACGCAUACCUGCGCCCUCUGCCCCUGAACGAGGCCAACGUCUACCGCAUGCUGGUCGUCGCAGACUACCUGUGCGUGACCGGCCUGCACGACCUCUGCACCGACUUGCUCAUCAGCAUGCUUUCUCCCAGUAACUGCAUCCACAUCAUGCUCUUCGCUAGACAGCCGUCGUGCAUUCGGCUGGAGAGGGCGGCGCGGCGGUACGCUCUGCGGCACUUCCCUCGCGUCGAGAUGGAGACGGACGCGCUUCUUUGCCUGCCCGCCGCCGAACUGGGCGCCCUGCUCAGCACGGACUGGCUCAACGCGCGCAGCGAGCAACUCGUCUGGUGCUGCGUGCUGCGCUGGACCGCCGUCAACCCAGUGAAGAGCCACCCGUACGUGGAGGGCAACCGGGAGUGCCGGCCGGUGGUGCUGGAGGCGCUGAUGCUGCUGUACCGGCGCGAGAACGCCGGCGGGCCGGCCGCGCUCGCAGCGCCGCACCCUCUGUCGCGGCCGCGCGUCCCCUACGAGGUGGUCCUCGCCAUCGGCGGCUGGACCGGCGACGGCAGCACCGCCUGCUUCGAGAUGUACAACACGCGCACCGACGAGUGGACCGAGGUGUGGGAAGAAGACCCAGCGGGCCCGCGCGCGUACCACGACAUCGUCGUCAUCGGCUCCGACGUGUACGUCAUCGGCGGUUUUAACGGCCGCACCGUCUUCCGGUCGUGCCGCUGCUUCAACGCCGCCGUCCAAGAGUGGCGAGAGGUCGCGCCCAUGAACUUUCGCAGGUGCUACGUAAGCGCGGCUGCCCUAGGUGAACUCAUCUACGCCAUAGGCGGCUACGACGGUGAGGAACGUCUGAGGACCGUCGAGUGCUUCGACCAUUACACCAACCAGUGGUCGCUGGUCUGCCCCAUGAACGCGCCGCGUUCCGACGCCACCGCUGUAGCCCUAGACGGGCGACUGUACGUGGCGGGUGGUUUCGACGGGCAGAACUACCUGCAGUCUGUGGAGGUGUACAGCCCCGUGGCGGACCAAUGGACCCUCAUACGGCCCAUGCGCUUCCCUCGCAGCGGCGUCGCCGGCGUCGCCUACUACGGCUGUCUCUACGUCGUAGGUGGAAACAACGGAUAUUCGAGACUGCGGAGCGUCGAGAGAUACGACCCUGCUACCGGUCAGUGGGCGCUAAUCCCAGAGAUGUACACGCCGCGCAGUAACCACGCCAUAGCAGUCAUCGACGACAUGAUAUUCGCCGUCGGCGGCUACGACGGAACUUCAACCGUCUCCUACGUCGAGUGCUACAGUCCUUCUGCCAACGAGUGGUACGGAGCGGCCAACCUGAACGUCCGCCGGUCUGCGCUGGCGGCGUGUGUGGUCUCCGCCCCCGAGCAGCCGCCCCCGCGGGACAGCUGGUGGCAGCUCUCCAUGGCCAGCUGCGGCCCCUGCUUUCGGCGCGAGGACGAAGACCGGGCACUGAUGCGGGACGUGGUCGGCGACUCACGGAACUGCCAGCACGCAGCCUAGACGAAGACCUCAAAGAAGAACUCAAAGAAGAGGUCACCGUAAUAAAUACGUUCCAACAGUCCGGUUCCAGACACUGUUUUGUAUUAAACGGAUGUUUUCUUUUGUGUCGCUACUGGAAAGUGGAACGUCACGCACAAGAAGCAAAAAGAGAAAUUUAGCUGAAAUAAAAAUGUCAAAAC